AUGGAGUUUCUUGAAAGAACUUACCUUGUGAAUGACAGAGCCACCAAGAUGUAUGCCUUCACCCUAGACAGUGUGGAACUCCAGCAGAAAUCCUUGAAUAAAGAUCAGUGUCCUGGAGAGAAGCCAGAGGAGCUGGAGUCAGGAGCCAUCUAUCACUGCCACAACAACUCCAAGGCCACAGAGAACAGAGCAAACGAGCAAGUCUAUGCCAAGUGGAAACUCUGUGCUGCUUCAGGAAUAUGCUUCGUUUUCAUGAUUGCAGAGGUUGUGGGUGGGCACAUUGCUGGGAGUCUUGCUGUCAUCACAGACGCUGCCCAUCUCUUAAUUGACCUGACCAGUUUCCUGCUCAGUCUCUUUUCCUUGUGGUUGUCAUCGAAGCCCCCUUCGAAGCAGCUGACAUUUGGAUGGCACCGGGCAGAGAUCCUUGGUGCCCUGCUGUCCAUCUUGUGCGUCUGGGUGGUGACUGGGGUGUUGGUGUACCUGGCAUGUGAACGCCUGCUCUACCCUGAUUACCAGAUCCAGGCGACUGUGAUGAUCAUUGUUUCAGGCUGUGCUGUGGCAGCCAACAUUAUGCUAAGUGUGAUUCUGCACCAAAGACACUCCAGCCACAAUCACAAAGACAUGCAAGCUAAUGCCAGUGUCAGAGCGGCUUUUGUACAUGCCCUUGGAGAUCUAUUACAGAGCAUCAGUGUGUUAACCAGUGCACUUAUUAUCUACUUUAAGCCAGACUAUAAAAUGGCUGACCCAAUCUGCACAUUUGUCUUUUCCAUCCUGGUUCUGGCCAGCACCAUCACUAUCUUAAAGGACUUUUCCAUCUUACUCAUGGAAGGUGUGCCAAAGAACCUGAAUUACAAUGAUGUGAAAGAGCGCAUCUUGGCGGUGGAUGGAGUGGUGUCUGUGCACAGCUUGCACAUCUGGUCUCUAGCAAUGAACCAAGUGAUUCUCUCGGCUCAUGUUGCUGCAGGAGCCAGCCGUGACAGCCAGGUUGUUCGGAGAGAGAUUGUUAAAGUCCUCAGCAGUAGCUUUACUCUGCACUCACUCACCAUUCAGAUGGAAUCUCCAGCUGACCAGGACCCCGACUGCUUUUUCUGUGAAGACCCCCGGGACUAGUUCAGUCACAACAUCGACUUCUCGCAUUUGAUGGGCCACUAUAUGCUGCUCUGCUAUUUCCAGCACACAAGAAAUAAAGAACCAAAGGAUGAAGUUUGAGAAAUUCGUGAUACUGUACAAUGCACAUUUUAUCCUUCUUUAUUUAGCUCCAUCUGCCAAAGAUGAAAAUCCGUUUAGAUUCAUCAGCCAAUUGGGUUAUCAACUCAUGAGUAGCUGUGUUCAAUUACAGGAAUGUGUGUAUAGACUGUUCCUGACUGGGGCUGAAGUAACAGCUGUUUGUAACCAGAGGCAAUAAAAAGUUCAUCUCCCUUCAAUAAGGUAUCCUAAGGAUGAGUGGGUAAAAUUGAACUCGGGAAAGUCUUAUUGGAGUCGGUGCCUAGGAAUUCUCCCAAAAUAUGAGAAGCAAAAGAAGAAGAGCCAAGCCAGGUUAAAAGAGAUUCUGGAGACCUAUCACGCCACUAUAACUUGACUCUCUCACCAUGUUAUAAUAUGAUUUUGAGCACUAUCUUUUUGCUCCCUAUCCACAUCACUAUCCACCAAAUGGGGUACAAAUAUCCUCUUUCUCUCUUGCUUACAAAUUAUGUUUUAAUAUGCCGAAACUAUUGAAUGAUAUUUUACUUGUCUGUAUAAAA